AUGAAAUUCUUCGUCUUCCUCGUCGCCUUGAUCUCUGCUGUUUUUGGUCAACAAAUGCAUUUAGAAAGAGUCUUUGAACCUUAUACUUAUCAACGUAUCAACUACGACGUGGCUAGAAUGGGCUACAACGCUCGCUACCCCAAUAACAACUACCAUCGUGUUGAUGGAUGGCAACCAGCCAGCUGGGAUGACAUCUUCGGCUCGAGACGAUACGGAAGAAAGUAG